UUUGGAGGAAGUGGGCGGCAGCUGCACCCCCUUGCCGGGCUCAGGGGGAAGGGCAGAUAAACUCCACCCGCAGUUCAAAGGCCGGGGAGAUCUGGCGGAGCAGAAGCAGAAGCAGAAGCAGAAGCAGAAGCAGAAGCAGAAGCAGAAGCAGAAGCAGAAGCAGAAGCAGAGGAGGACUGGCAGAUCCACCUGCCACCCAGUAUUCCGGAUCCCUUCAACCAGGCAACCAGAAGCACCAGCGACACGCAGGAGCUGAAUAUGGCCCUGGCCGAGGACGCCAUUGAGACCCCAGCCCUGGGCCGCCCCUUCCAGCUGGGGAUGCUGUACGACUGCUGCAAGGAUACCCUCAUCCCAGGGGUCACCCUUUGGGAUUACAGCUCUCUUCAGAAGGACCUGACCAACAAGCCUCAGCCCAAAACUGAAUCUGAAAUCAUUGCAUCCGACACCAUUGAUGAUAAGAGCUCCGCCCUGGACAUCUCAGCCUCCCUCAAGGCCAGUUUCCUCGGAGGGUCGGCCAAGUAUCUUCGUGACAUCAAGAAGUCCAAGCAACAGGCCAGAGUCACCGUUCAAUACAAAACCACCACCAGUAUGAACAGCUGACAAUGAGCCACCUGGGAAUCCAGAAUAUCUCUCACAAAGCCGUCUUUGAGCAUGGCACAGCCACCCAUGUGGUCACCGCCAUCCUCUACGGAGCCCAAGCCUUCUUUGUCUUUGACCGAGAAGUUUCUUCAAUAGAGAAGGUAAAAAAUACAGAAGGAAGACUCCAGGCUACACUCACGAAGGAAAUAUCUAUUGGAGGAGAAGCAGAGGUCCAACUGACUGCGAAGGAGAAAGAGGAUGCUCUGAAGUUCAGGUGCAAAUUCCAUGGAGACUUUUCUUUGGAGAAAAAUCCAGUGACUUUCCAAGAUGCCAUGAAAGUUUAUGAAACUCUCCCAAAAAUGUUAGGGAAAGAUGGGGAGAAGGCUGUGCCUAUGAGGGUCUGGCUCUACCCUCUGACCAAGCUGGACACCACAGCAGCUAAGAUGGUCCGUGAGAUCAGCCUAACGUUGAUCUUUGAUGCUAAAAUGAUCUUGGAGGAUCUCAAUGAAAUCCAGAUGCAAAGCAACGAUCUAGCCAAGAAUCCCAUUGCUGAGACCUUCCCUGAGAUCCAGAGGAAGAUCCAGCAGUUCAAGGAUCUCUGCAAGCAACACAGGCAGACUUUCCAGAAAGAGCUGGCCAGAAUGUUGCCUUCCAUCCGGGGAGGAGGGCAGGAGGAAGGGACCCUGGUGAACCUCUUGAUAUCUGUCAACCAGUCACCCUUCAACAGCCAAAGACUCCGUGAAUUUCUGGACAGCAAAAAAAGAGAAAUUAACUUUGUCAAAUCUUAUCUGACUAUUCUAAAUAAUAUAGAAGUUAUCUCAACUCAGAACAAGCUGGAAGAAAUAGUUCUGGACCCGCAGAAUGUAUAUGUGGUCUCCUUUACAUUAACUUCUUUACGUGAAGAGGAGCUAUUUCUGUUGAUCUUACAGAAGUGGCUUCAGGAGCAAUUCUUGCAAGAAUCAAGUAAGUCCACAAGAUCCAGUCCUGAGGUGAAGAAAGCAAAGGCUUGGUUUGAAGACGAGAAGAGGACCCGCAAUGCUCGCCAAGCUGCCAAAUCCAUCAAAGACUUUUUCAGUAUCAACCAAUCCAAUGAGAAGGUCCGCUUUCUUGUGGCCUCAAAACCAGAUCUCGACACCCCAGGAGCCUCAAUAUACCUUUAUGAAGAUGGAUAUCAGGUCAGCAAGAACUUUGAGUUGCCCUCAAAACCUCUCCAAUUCCUGAGCAGUGAACUGAGACACGACAGCAUUCAACUGAAGUUUCAGCCAGCUGAAUAUGGAAAGGCUUCCAUCUCCAACUAUCUGGUAGAGUACAAGGUUGCAGGGGAAGAUAACUGGAAGACCAUGAGGACAGAGGACAACAGGGAGAUGUUCCUGCUGAAAGAUCUACCUCCAAACACAGAGUACCAGUUCCAGUACUCUGCUUGUUGCAAGCCAGGCCUUAGUAAAUCCAGUGACCUGAGCCCAUCCAUAAAGACCCUUCCCACCAGCCCUCCUGAGGAAUUAAGAAUGGUCACUGCAGCACCUUCUGUCAUCUCUGUGGCCUGGAUGAGUCCCAGCAUCGUUGCCUCAGGAGUUGUGGUAAAGGAGUACAAGGCGGCGUACAGAACGGUGGAGGCUGGAGUUGGGAAGGACCAAUGGAUUGGAAAAAGGACUGGGAGAAAAACAGAAUUUUAUCCCAUUGAAGGAUUGAAAUCCCAGACGGUGUAUAAAAUACGAGUGUCAGCUGUGUGUGAUAAUGGAGCUCUGGGUGUUCCCAGUGAGGAGGUGGAGGUCUCCACAUCACUGGAGAAAGAAGAUGGACGAAAUGUGUCCCACCAGGUCCUUCAGGAAAGCUUCCUGGUGGAGGACAAACAGCCAUUAGUCUUCGCCCUUCCUCUGGAGAAAGUCUCCUCAGACGCCUCCACCUCCUGUCUCGUGUAUCAGUUUGGAAAGGUGAACCUAGAAGUGCCCAAUAAAAUGAUCCUGGUGACGGGGGCAACAGGAUGUGGGAAAACCACUCUGAUCAACGGGAUGAUCAAUUAUAUUCUGGGUGUCCAGUGGGAAGAUAAUUUCAGAUUCAAACUCAUUCAUGAAAUCACCCAAAGAAGUAAAGCUGGAAGCAGGACGUCUGAAGUGACAGCCUACAUGGUGAACCAUCAGAAAUGUUUCCGAAUUCCCUAUUCUCUCACAAUCAUUGACACGCCAGGAUUUGGCGAUGCAGAGCAAGACAAACUGGUUGAGAAACAGCUCCUGGAGUUUUUCUCCACCCCAGGGGGCAUUGACCACGUGGAUGCCAUCUGCUUGGUGGCCCAAGCCUUCCUUUCCCAUUCAACUCAUGCCCAGAAAUGUGUCUUUGAUUCCAUGCUCUCCAUGUUGGGAAAAGAUGUGAAGGAUAACAUCCAACUCCUGAUCACCUUUGCGGAUGGGGGGACCCCACCUGUCCUGGAGGCCCUCAAGGAGGCUGACCUGCCGUGUGCUCAGGAUGAGUCAGGAACCCCUCUGCACUUCAGAUUCAACCAUUCAGCUCUCUUUGCUCCCACCCAAAAUGGAGGAAGCCGUAAUGCGGUUGCUGAAAUGUUCUGGAAAAUGAGCACUGAGAGCAUGAAGGAUUUCUUUGACUCUUUAAAGAUGGUGGAGACCAAAAAUUUAACCUUGACCAUGGACAUCCUCAAGGAACGUCAGGAGCUGGAAGCUGCUCUUAGAAGUCCUCCCUCUCUUAAGGUUCAGCCUGUCAAACCAAAUAGUUUCCUGAUCACUAUUAAUCCAAUGGCCGAAGCGAUGGGUUCAAUCUCUGGGUACCAAGUGGCAUAUCGGGCUGCAGGAGAGGAGAACUGGAAAAGUCUCCAUGUAGAAGGUUCUAAGAAUGAAUUCACCCUAGAAAAUGUGCACCUCACUACUCAGUACCAAUUCCGAUGUGCUGCUGUGACACAUCUUGAGAUCAGCCGAUGGAGUGAGGAGACCACUUGCAUCUAUCCUGCAGAGAAGACUGAACAGAAACCGCCAGAUCUGUCCUGGGCGACUCCUCUGGGUAGGACUGCAAACUUCGGAGGUCCUGAGCGGAGGAUCGUCCUUGUGGGCAAAACUGGAAAUGGGAAAAGUGCAACAGGAAACACAAUUCUGGGAAAAAAAGUCUUUGAGUUUGGGUUGUCAUUUACGCUACUGAAAAAAACUUGCCAAAGAGAAGAGACGUGGCUGAAUGGCAGGAAGGUUGUGGUAGUUGAUACACCUGGCAUCUUCGACUAUGGCUAUCCCAUGAGAGAAUCUGUUGCCGAAGUGAGCAAGUGUAUGAAGUUUUGCUCCCCGGGUCCACAUGUCAUUCUGCGCAUCGUGCGUCCUGGCUGUUUCUCCCAGGAAGAUAUCGAAGUGGCUCAGCUGAUCAGAGAGAUUUUUGACUUUAGGGCCCUGAAUUACAUGAUCCUCUUGUUCACCCGGAAAGAGGACCUGGAAGGAAUGUCUCUGGAGGAAUUGAUAUUUGAGGGACAUUUCCGUCUUAGGGAACAGGCAUACCAUUGUGGGAACCGGUACCUGGCUUUUAACAACAAGGCCACAGGAGAAGAACGAGAGGCUCAGGUGGCCGAACUGAUGACCAUGAUUGAUCAACUGGUGCAGAAGAAUGAGGAUGCUCCUUGUUACACGGAAGACAUGCUGAAGGCGGACAUGGAGAAGUUCAAGAAAAAACACAAGUCCUGAUCAUUUUCAUAGAGACUGAUUGAUCCUCUGCUCCACAGUGGCAACUCUCCCAAAGGCCCUCCAUUUCCUUCCUUCUGUUCUGUGUUCUUUCUUUCUUUUUUUUUAUUGCAAAAGUUUUACAAUUACAUUUUCACCCCUUUCCCCCCCCUCUACCCACCCCAAACUUCCCAACCUCAUCCUCCCUAACCCUCCCUAACCCUCCCCUCCUCCCGGACUUCCCCACAAUAUACUCACAUCAGAAAAAAAACCCCUUUAUAUAAAACUUGAACCCCUCCAUCCCCCUUAUAAUUUUUCAUCUUCACUAAUCUAUCUUAAUAUAACAUUUUCAAAUAAAAGCUAUUUGAUACUUCCUAGUUUGAUAUUUGUUCUGCACAUAAUCUAUCCACUUUUUCCAUUCCCAUUCAUAAGUCUCUUGUGAACAAUCUUUUAGGUAUGCUGAAAUCUUCGCUAUCUCUGCAAAACUGGCCAUCUUCAAAGUCCAUUCCUCGAUAGUGGGCAAAGCUUCAUUUUUCCAAUAUUUACCUAUCAAUAAUCUCGCUGCUGUUAUCAUGUACAAUAUCAACUUUGUUUCACCCAAUGUAAAACCCUUAACUAUACCCAGUAAGAACAAUUGUGGAGAAAAUUGAAUUUUUUUCUUCAAAACAUUCUGCAUGACCCACCAAAUUUUUAUCCAAAAAGCUUUAACUUCCUUGCAAGUCCACCAGACAUGAUAAUAUGUAGCAUCUAAACAAUCACAUCUCCAACAUUUUGGCUGAACAUUAGGGUACAUGCAUGACAAUUUCUUAGGAUCUAAAUGCCAUCUAUAAAACAUUUUAUAGAAAUUUUCCCUCAAAUUCUGUGACUGUGUAAAUUUAACAUUCUGAACCCAAUUUUUUUCCCAUGUUUCCAACAUCACUGGUUCUUCAAAAUUUUGUGCCCACUUAAUCAUACAAUCUUUAACCAAUUCAGUUUCUGAAUCCCUUUCUAACAAAACAUUGUAAAGCCUUUUAAUAUGCAUUGGACCUUUCUCUUUUAUAUGUCUAACCAAUUCUUCCUCAUGCAACAUAAUACCAAUUUUUUGGUCCUCUUUCCAUCUCAGUUGAAGUUGAUUGUACUGUAACCAAGUUAAGUUAAUCCCUUCAUCCAACAGUGUCUCUAAUGUCUUCAGUUGCCAUCUGCCCGCAUCUGUAAAAAGAACCUCUUUGUAUGAAACCCCCCCGAGUGACAUUAUAUUUGUAUUCCAAAUAAUAUGACCAAGAUCCAGCCAUAGCGGUAUUUUAUAAUCCCAUUUGAAUCGGUGCUUCUUCCAAACUCUCAUCAAGGAGUCUCUAAAUAUGUGGCUUUUAAAUACUUUAUCCACUUUAUUUUCAUAAAAUAAGUAAGCAUGCCAUCCAAAUUCAAGAUCAAAACUUUCUAUAUUCAGUAUUCCAGUCUUUUUCUUUCCAAACCAAUCACUUGUUUGAGAUAAAGCUGCUGCUUCAUAAUAUAACUGUAGGUUUGGAAGUUUAAGACCUCCCCGUUCUGGAACAUCUUGCAUAAUUUUCAAUUUCACUCUCGGUUUUUUCUCGUUCCAGACAAACUUAUUCACUCCACUUUGCCACUCUUUCAAUUGUUUAUCGCUUUUAAGCACUGGAAUCAUUUGAAACAAAAAAAGAAAUCUUGGCAAAAUAUUCAUCUUAACUGCUGCUAUUCUUCCAAGUAGAGACAGCUGCAGUUUUUUCCAAGUCUCCAUAUCUUUCUGCACAUCUCGCCACAACACCUCAUAAUUAUUUUGAAACAGUUUCAUAUUUGAUUCUGCAACCUGAACUCCUAGAUAUUUUACCUUUGGUACAAUCUCAAAACCUGCCCUCCUUUCAAGCUCGUGUUUACGAUCUUGUGUCAUAUUUUUAACUAUCAUCUUAGUUUUUUUUCUGGUUCAAUCUAAAACCUGAAACUUUACCAUAGUCUUGUAUAAUGUCUUUCAUCUGGAUUAUUGAUUCCAUUGGCUGUGUUAGGGUAACAACCAGAUCAUCUGCAAAUGCCUUUAUUCUGUAGUCCUCUUGCCUUAUCAUUAUACCUUUCAAGAUAUUAGAGUCCCGUAUUGUAUUUAACAAGACUUCUAGUGUUAAAAUAAAUAGCAAUGGGGAUAACGGACAUCCCUGUCUUGUUCCUUUUUCAAUUUUAAAAUCUGUUGUCAAACUUCCAUUAAUAAUAAUCUGUGCCUUUUGCUCUUGGUAAAUUGCUGAAACCGCCUGUAUAAAUUGGUCCCCAAAGUCCAUCUUUUUUAAAGUCUUUAAUAGAAAAUUCCAAUCCACUCUAUCAAAGGCCUUUUCCGCAUCCAAAAAGACCAGCACUGCAGGUACCUGCUUAUUCCUCUCAAGAUAUUCCAAUAAAUCUAUUACUUGCCUUACAUUAUCCUUCAUGUAUCUGCCCUCGAUAAAUCCUGCUUGAUCAUCAUGAAUCACCUCUUGGAUUACUGGCAUCAACCUGUUGGCUAGUACUUUUGCAUAAAUUUUAUAAUCAUUAUUCAAAAGAGAUAUUGGUCGAUAAUUCUCCGGUUUUUUAGGACCUACUUGCUCUUUUGGUAUCAAAGAAAUAUAAGCUGUUGUCCAUGAUGGGGGUAUUUUACCCCCUUGUUGAAUAUUGCAAAAUAAAUCUCUAAGUUGUUCCACCAUUUCUGCUUGCAAAGUUUUAUAAUACACUGCAGUCAAACCAUCCGUUCCAGGAGCUUUAGCUGUUUUUAAUUGUUUAAUUGCUACUAUUAUCUCCUCCUCUGUUAUAGGAUAAUUCAUUCUUUCCUUUUGUUGAUUAGUAAUUUUUGUGGCUCUUUUAUUAUCUAAAUAUUUUUCUAUAAGUCCAUUCUGCAUAUCAUCUUUAGCAUAUAGUUUAGUAUAAUAGUCUACAAAAGCUUCUUUAAUUAAUUUUUGUUGAAAGAUUUCUUUCCCUCCAAUAUCAAUACUAUCAAUAGUCCGUAUACUCUGCUUCUUCCUUAAUGUAUAGGCCAACCAUCUGCCCGGUUUAUUGGCGUUACAAAAUGUAUUGUGCCUCGCAUAUUGUAGAUUUGUUGCAACUUGUUCCGCCAUAAGCAUUUGGAAUUGAUCUUUCAAAAGUUUUAUAGCACCACGUAUUCUUUCAUCUGUUGGAUUUUUAAUAAGUAGCUGUUCUUUAUUCUUUAUUUCUGCUUCCAGUUCAGAUCUUUUCUUUUGUCGAUUCAGUCUAUGUUUAGAGUUCAUAUUAAUGAGUACCCCUCUCAUGUAAGCUUUGCUCGCAUCCCACACAAUUUCAAUUGGGGUACCCUUAUUCAAGUUCAUUUCAAAAAAUUCUUUCAGCUGCUUUUUAAGUUCUGUUAUAUUUUUUUCAUAUCUGAACAGGUUUUCAUUUAAUCUCCAUGAUUGUCUCUCAAUUUUACCCAUCUCAAUUUCUAUCCAUACUGGGCUAUGGUCGGUCAAAGUUCUUGGAAAAAUCUUUGUUCUUUUUGUCUUAACAAGUAGAUCAUCUGACAACAAAAUAAAAUCAAUCCUAGAGAAGGAUCUAUGUCUAUCGGAAAAAAAAGUAUAGUCCAAUUCUUUUGGGUUAUGUAUUCUCCAAAUAUCUUUUAAUUCCAAAUCUUCUUUCAUAUCAAAAAAAAGUCUGUGGUAGUCUGUUCCUUGAUUUCGCCAAACUCUUUUUAUCUAAUUUAGAAUCAAUUACUCCAUUCCAAUCUCCCAUAAUUAGAAUAGAUCUAUAAUCCCAUUGCAGUAUUUUAGUGUGUAACAUUUUAUAGAAGUGAUCCUGUUGUUGGUUGGGAGCAUAAAUUCCAAUCAAAAGAAUUUGGCCGUUUACUGUAAGCAAUUCAAUUGCUAUAAACCUACCAUCUUCAUCUGCUUCUAUAAUUUUAGCUGUCAAUCUUUUGUUUACAUAAAUAACCACACCAUUCUUUUUUUGCAAAGUUGAAGCUAUAAAAUGUGUUCCUA